CCGGGAUGAACCUCGUCCGCGACAAACAAUGGCUGGAUCGGAGCGGAUACGAUCGACCUUGGAUGGUUUCGCCUCAGCAGGCGUUUCCGUCGACUCCAACUGCAGGCUUCUAGAGCCCUUGCGGGUACGACGUAGAGGUGGAAAAACUCAACGGGGGAGCGGGACAGUGGAUGGGGAGGGUAUAAAACUGUGAUCGUUGGAUGGCAGGAGACACCCCAGAAGCACCUCAAGUCAUUUACCAGUCUCGACGCAGCAAUCAGUUCGACAUGUUCUCUUCCGCGUUCUCCGCCUUCGUCGUUCUCGCUAUGGCGAGUUCCGUCCUUGGCGCUCCUCAGGCGGUUGCUUCCUCCAGCGAUGUCGUCACGAGCGCGAGCUUAGACUCUGUGUCUAACACGGUUACCCCGGCAGCGACCCCGGCAUCAGCCACGAAAAGUCACUUCGCGUUCCCUACGGACGGGCCGAUCGCCAGUCUGGAGCAGAAGUUUUCGAGUUUGCUGAGCAGAUUCCCGAUACCGACGUCGGGCGCUGAGCUUCAAGCCGAAAUUUCCAGCUUCCUUGCCGAGAUUCCGCGACCCACCUCCGGCUCGGGCUUUGAUUCGAGCAGCUCUGUCGCGAGCUCCACCCUUGACUCAGCAUCCACUUCUGCUACGGAGAGUUCCUCCGGCCUCUCACGUCGCGGCUUGUUCAAGCCCAACUUCUACGCGACGACCACCACCGUUCCAUUGACGAUCACCCACACCGCUACCGUUACCGACGUUGUUGGCACCGUCACCGUCACUGCGACUGUGACGGACGCCUCCCGCCGCCGCAUCACCCCGCUGCGUCCGCUCUUCCAGGGCACGCUCACCGUGACUGACAAAGUGUUUGUCACCGCGACCGCAACUACCAGCCUGACCGAAACCGUCACCGAUACUGUCACCGUCUCCGCUACAGGAUCGGCCACGGAUGCAUCUACUUCUGCUACCGCAUCCGUCGACGACCUAGAUUAA